UGUGCCUGAAGCCACUUGGGGGCUAACUUUGCCAUUCGGUUUUUUUUUCCGUUGCGACAAGGUUUACUCUCAUGCUAGUACAACUGCGGAUCUUCAAGCGUUAUUGGCACAUCGGAACACAGUCGGUAUAUUCCUACUGCCGGCGGAGUGCAUAGAAUCCUCCAGCCGCACGGACGGAUUCAGAGUGGGAUCGGUGUCGCCGACCUUGCUUGGCCUCAAGUUUUCUGGUGCCUUGACAAAAGUGAUGGGCUCACGCUUUGAUUGUCUUGCUGUCAGAUGACGACGAGCAAAAUGCUGGCUAGUGUCAGGAUAGGUCGGGGGGCAAUCUGUCUAUACUUGUAUGUUUUAGAUCCCCCAAUGUCUCGAAGCCACAAAGCCACGCUUUCUCUGCGUGAUGCGGCGGAGCUGCUUGCUGUUUCUAUUGUUAUUCUUCCAGUCAUGUCUUAUUGGACACCUCGCAGCCAGCAGCCAGUCUAUACUUGCACCACCAUCAUGCCCUUCUCUACAAUGGCCAGGGUUCUUGAUCGCCAAGUAUUGCUACUUUAUUCUCCAUCCUACCUCGGUGUGGGAGCUUGCAAAGUCUUUAAUAGACUGCCAGCAAGCCAUUUGUACGAGUACAAGUACCAACUCACUCGGCUUCCGACCUGAGUCCCGUCGUCGCGUGCCCCCAUGUCUAUGCGCACCGCGCCUGGGUGAUUGGAUGAAGACUCUUUCGGAGGACCCAUGCCGUAUCCC